UCCUUCCUUCCUUCAUCAUUAUUCCAUCCCAACCCAACUAGAAGACAACCUUAAUUUCACUGAAAUAUGGAAGCAUUUGGCACUACUUCAAUAACGCCAAUAUCCCUUUGCUACAGUACUUUGGCUGCCGGCGGAAGUAGUGGUGCUUGUUACCCUGGUUCUUCCUCUUCCCCUUCCGCUUCCCGUAGUCCAUGGAUGGACAGUCGAAUCUGGGGCAAGCUUCCUCAGAGGCUUCUCGAUCGAGUAGUCGCCUUCCUCCCGCCGCCGGCCUUCUUCCGAGCCCGAUCCGUCUGUAAGAGAUGGUACGGCCUCCUGUUUUCCAACGCCUUCCUCGAACUCUACCUCCAGGUCUCGCGCAGCCACCAUUGGUUCCUCUUCUUCAAGCAGAACAGCCUCAAAAGCUACAUAUAUAACAGCGGUGGUAAUGGCACCACUGAUCGAGAAGGUUACCUCUUUGAUCCCCACGAAGUUGCAUGGUACCGACUUUCUUUCUCUUUGAUCCCGCCGGGGUUCUCUCCGGCCUCAUCUUCCGGUGGACUCGUCUGCUGGAUCUCCGACGAGGCCGGUUCCAAGAGCCUCCUCCUAUGCAACCCGCUAGUCGGGUCUCUAACUCCCUUACCCGCCACGCUCCGUCCUCGCCUCUUCCCAUCAAUCGGACUAACCGUAACCAACACGUCGGUGGACCUCGUCGUCGCCGGAGACGACCUGAUAUCUCCGUUCGCCGUGAAAAACCUUACCGCCGAAAGCUUCCACAUGGAUGCAUCCGGGUUCUACUCCAUCUGGGGAACCACUUCGUCGCUCCCGCGGCUUUGCAGCCUCGAAUCAGGCCGCAUGGUCUACAAUCAAGGAAGAUUCUACUCCAUGAACUACAGUCCAUUCAGCGUCGUCUUCUUCGACGUGACUUCGAAUGAAUGGGGAAAAAUCCAGGCCCCGAUGAGGAGGUUUCUGAGAUCGCCGAGCUUGGUCGAAAGCAGGGGGCAGCUGAUUCUGGUGGCGGCAGUGGAGAAGAGCAAGCUUAACGUGCCGAAGAGCCUGAGAAUGUGGGGACUGCAACCCUGCGGCACGACAUGGGCGGAGAUCGAGAGGAUGCCACAGCAGCUGUAUCUGCAGUUCGAGGAGGCGGAAAGGGGCCGGGGGUUCGACUGCGUAGGGCACGGCGAGUUUGUGCUCUUAAUGAUUCACCGGUCGGAGAAGGCCUUGCUGUUUGAUUUUCAGAGGAAGCGGUGGCUCUGGAUUCCGCCGUUCCCUUUCGUUCGUGGCGGCAACGGAGAAGGCUCGGACUUGCAUGGCUUUGCGUACGAGCCAAGUCUCGCCGCUCCGGUUACCGCUCUUCUCGAUCAGCUUGCACUUCCCUUUCAGCCGUUCAGCGGCUAAUUAAAAAACUGAUACAUUUCCAACUUCAACUUGGGUAUCCACAUCCAUAAUUAUAUGAGCCUAGCUAAAAUGGCCACGUUAGAGAAGCGAGCAACUCCGGCCGGCGAUGGUAGCAGUAGUCGGAGGUAGGGUUAGUUGCAAGUAAGG